UCUCAGCCUGAGUCUGUCUCACUGAGUUCCUCUCGGUAGUGUGGACAACACUGGCUCGGAGCUUCAGAACUCUGCCCUUCUCUUCUUCUCUACCUUUCGUUAGGGAUCCUGGGCUUUCCCCUUCUCUCUGGAAAGCCAGAGCCCCAGUGUUCCUUCCCAGGGAGGGAGUGCCCUCCAGUGCGCGGGAGAGUGAAGGCCAGAGGAGGCUGCAACUGGAGAAGGGCAGGGCCAGGGCCAAGUCUGGAAGGGAGGAACUGCCAGCCAAUGAGGGGCGAGCCGCCUGCACCCUGACCUUUGAGUCUGGGACAGCACGGGACCCACAGGUACUUCUGGGGGCUGUCUCUACACUCUCCCUGUCGGUGUCCUGGGACCACGUGAGGAUGCUGCUGUGGCUCCGUGUCUUUUCCGUUCUGGGUCUCGGGGUCUGGGGUGAUUCCCCCUGGGAUGCAACACGAGCUAAACGCAUGUCAGAGGGGCUUCGGUACCUGUUUGGCAACAUCACCCAGCUCAUUGAAAAAGGCAAACUCGGUGUCAAUGAUGUCUCCACUGUGGUCUCUCGCAAGGAGUGGGGGGCGGAAGCUGUUGGCUGUGGCACACACCUGACCUCUCCAGUGAAUUUUCUUGUCAUGCACCACGUCCCUGGACUGGAGUGUCACAACCAGACUGUCUGUAGUCAGAGGCUGCGGGAACUGCAGGCCCAUCAUGUGCACAACAACAGCUGGUGUGACGUGGCCUACAACUUCCUGGUUGGGGACGAUGGCAGAGUGUAUGAAGGUAUUGGCUGGGACAUCCAAGGCAUGCACACCCAGGGCUACAACAACAUCUCCCUGGGCUUUGCCUUCUUCGGCACCAAGGAAGGCCAUAGUCCCAGCCCUGCUGCCCUGUCAGCCAUGGAAGGCCUGAUCUCCUCUGCUGUCCGGAAGGGCCACCUGUCAUCUCUGUAUGUUCAGCCACUUCUUGUGAAAGGUGAGGACUGCCUGGCCCCUCUGCAGAAGGCAAGUCCAAAGAAAGCUUGCCCCUACAUUGUCCCUCGGUCUGAUUGGGAGGCCAGGGAGACCCACUGCCCCAAGAUGAACCUCCCGGCUAAGUACGUCAUCAUCAUCCACACCUCUGGGAGAGUCUGCAACAUGUCUGAUGAGUGCCGCCUGCUGGUCCAAGAUAUCCAGUCCCUCUUGAUGGACAGAUUCAACUCCUGCGACAUUGGGUAUAACUUCCUCGUGGGCCAGGAUGGUGUCCUUUAUGAAGGAGUGGGCUGGAAUGUCCAAGGCUCCCACACUGCUGGCUACAAUGACAUUGCCCUGGGCAUCGCCUUCAUGGGCACCUUCUCAGGUACCGCGCCCAAUGCUGCAGCCCUGGAGGCAGCCCAGAACCUGAUCCAGUGUGCAGUGGAUGAGGGAUAUUUGGAUCCCAACUACCUGCUGGUGGCACAGAGUGAUCUUAUCAAAACCUUGUCUCCUGGGCAGGCUUUGUACAACAUCAUCAGCUCCUGGCCUCAUUUCAAACACUGAGGGAGCCCCUGUUCCUUCUGAGGCUGCUCCCUCUGCCACCCGGCUUCUAGCCGCCCAUGCUUUCACCCUCCAUCCUAGCUCAACUCCUCGUGUCCCCUCCCUGCCACUACCCCUCCUGUCUUGGGUUAGUAUGGUCCUCUCCUGCUGGCAUCCUCCAGCAUCCUCCAAACCCCAUAGCUGGGCAUUCCCAGCCCUCUGAGUCUGGGUCCAGCCUUCCUCUCUCCUCAUCUUCCUCUCCCCUGGGCACCCACCUCCUCAGCCAGGUGAGAAUCUAGGCUGGUCCACGUUUGAAUUCUCAUUCCCUUUGCUCACACCCCUCUGCCUGGUGUGCCUUCCCCUGCUGUCUGCCCGGCAGCCCCCAACCUCACCCAUGAGCCAGGUCAAUACCCAGCCCCUCCUCUCUGC